CUUGCGGGAAGUCCACAAAGAAGGGCCAACCACGCCCGCCAAUUUCUCCCCCGCUCGGAGUCCCCACAAACUACGAGAAGCCACAACUUCGACUCCUCUUUCGCCUUCCCAUCCGUUUCUCUCCUCCCUUCUGAGGUCGAUCAAAGCCGGGGGGAAUCAAACGCAGAGUGCUCAGUCCAGUUUAAGUUCUUCUGCUAAAGCACUUCCAAGGAAUUUGUUUGAUCGGUUUAUUCGUAAAUUAUGCUUAGCAAAUCUGAUGGGAAACUUAAUGUUAGUUUUGGCUACCAAUGUUUGGGUAGACAAGGAACUGCAUAUGAUGACAACGAGAAGGUUCAAGUGUGCAAAAGUUCAUUUUUUUGCUUAUCAGGAGCUGCUCUAAGUGCAAAUUUCACUUUAGCAAACACAAAUAUUUGCAAUGGUUUGAUUGGAACAGGGAUAUUGCCCAGUUUGGAUUCUCCAAAGACAUUCCAAAGAGUACCUUCUUCACCAUCACUGUCUAGUUUGGAUGUUUUAUCAUCUUCUAUGCAAAGCAAUACAUCAAAUUUAAGUGGGUUCAUAUCUUCUCAAAGUGAUUGUUCAGAAUGGGACACAAGCAUGUUGAAAUCUAUGAGUGCUCCUUCCAAUAGUGAAGGCUUUCUCAAUGCAAUGGAAGUGGAAAUAGCAGGUGGGGCUGCUGGGGAAGAUAGAGUCCAAGCAGUUUGUUCUGAAGAAAAUGGAUGGCUUUUCUGUGCAAUUUAUGAUGGUUUUAAUGGGCGAGAUGCAGCUGACUUUUUAGCUGGAACUUUAUAUGAAAACAUUAGGUUAUAUUUGAACACAUUAAACUCAAAAAUGAUGACUAGUAGUGUUAUGAUGCCAGAUGACUUUUGUCCAGAUAGUUCCCUCCCAUAUCUUAUAGAAGGCAAUAGUUUCCAUGAAAAUAUGUCUUUGGAAGCUAGCAAUGUUAAUGAUAUGGGUGUUGCCAUGGUGCAAAAAGAGGAAGGCGCAUCUGAUGCAUUCAAAAAUUCUGUCAUUAGUUGUCUUGAACAAGCUCUUGCACAAGCAGAAAGUGAUUUCUUGUAUAUGGUUGAACAGGAAAUGGAUGACCGACCUGAUUUGGUCUCAAUAGGAUCUUGUGUUUUGGUUGUGCUUAUCCAUGGGCAGGAUUUAUAUUCACUUAGCUUAGGUGAUAGCCGAGCCAUAUUGGCGAAAACAAAAGGCAUCAAUGCUGAAAAUUUGGAAGCAAUUCAGCUUACUGAUUGUCACUCGGUUGAUAAUGAGGCAGAGAGAAUGAGGCUUUUGUCUGAGCACCCUGAUGACCUGAAGACAAUUUCACAUGGAAAGGUGAAAGGAAAACUCAAGGUAACUCGUGCAUUUGGAGUAGGUUAUUUGAAAAAGAAGAAAUUGAAUGAUGCUCUAAUGGGUAUUCUUCAAGUUCCAAACCUUUUGAGUCCACCAUAUAUUUCAACACAACCAUCACUCAACAUUCACAGAAUUUCAAAAGAUGAUCAAUUCGUUGUAGUUGCAAGUGAUGGACUGUUUGACUUCUUUAGUAACGAGGAAGUUGUAAAGAUGGUACAUUCUUUUAUUAUCACCUCACCAUCAAGCAAUCCAGCAAAAUUCCUUGUGGAGCAACUUAUGUCACGAGCAGCCAAAGGGGCAGGGCUGAGUCUUGAAGAGUUGAUGGACAUCCCUGCUGGUAUGAGAAGAGAAUAUCAUGAUGACGUGACUGUCAUUGUGAUACUCCUCGGCAUCGACCAUCGAACAUCUACUGCAUCAACACAUCAAUAACCAUCUAGUUGUUGAAAAUUCGAGUUUUUGACGGCAUGUAAGAUUGCCUGUGCGUUAUUACAUGAAUUACAUGUUCUUUUCAUCUUUCAUUGCCUCAUCAUACAAAACUACUUUUACAGAGAUCAGGCUUUCCAGCUCCGCAGUGAUGGUCUGAUCCAUAGGACACUGGGUAAUUGUACUACAAAUACAUGAUCCUUGCUGCUCUUGGAUCAAUCCUUGGAUCGUCAAAGAUCUUUUGAAUAAUAAAUUAAGGUGUCAUUUGUAAUGAACUCGAUUUGUUGCUAAUUACAUUUUGCUCUUAAAGGUAUGAACAUU